CCAAUACAACACAGACACAGACCCAGCUCUGCACGCGUCCCGCCCGGCCACUUCGCCCCCCUCGCCCGCCGCAACCUACAUGCACGCUCGCUAGCACCGCCGUUGCUCCUGCACCGCUGCAGGCCUCACACCGCCCGCAAUGUCCUCCGCGCGCUACGCUCCCUCCACAUCAGUGCCGCAACAACAUGCCUACCGCCCCUCGGCGUCGUCGUCCAAUGCCCCGCCCGGCACCUUUGCGCCGGGGACGAAGGUCCAGGUCGGCAAGUACCGCGUGACGAUUGAGCGCUACCUGUCCGAGGGCGGCUUUGCGCAUGUCUACGUGGUGCGCAUCCCCAAGGGCAGCGAAGGGCUCCCGGACGUCGGCGUGCUGAAGCGGGUUGCGGUCCCGGACAAGGAAGCGCUGGCGAACAUGCGGACCGAGGUCGAGACCAUGAAGAAGCUCAAGGGCCACCGCCACAUCGUCACGUACAUGGACUCGCACGCGUCGCAGCUGCAGGGCGGCGGCUACGAGGUCUUUCUGCUGAUGGAGCACUGCACCGGCGGCGGUCUGAUUGACUUCAUGAACACACGCCUGCAGCACAGGCUCACCGAGCCCGAGAUCCUGCACAUCUUCUCCGAUGUCGCCGAGGGGGUUGCGACGAUGCACUAUCUGCGGCCCCCGCUGCUGCACCGCGACCUCAAGGUCGAGAACGUCCUGAUCACGACGGUGGGGUCCAACCGCAUAUACAAGCUCUGCGACUUCGGAUCCACGGCGCCGCCCCGGCCCGCUGCCCAGACGGCCGCAGAGGGCAGGCUGAUCGAGGACGACGUGCAGCGCCACACGACGCUGCAGUAUCGCAGCCCGGAGAUGAUCGACGUCUACCGCAAACAGCCCAUUGACGAGAAGAGCGACAUCUGGGCGUUGGGCGUGCUGCUGUACAAGCUGUGUUACUACACCACGCCGUUCGAAGAGGUCGGCCAGAUGGCCAUCUUGAACGCAACCUUCAAGUUUCCGGCCUACCCCCAGUUCUCGGACCGGCUGAAGAAGCUUAUAUCGUCCAUGUUGCAGGAGAAUCCUCAGCGCAGACCGAACAUCUACCAGGUAGUCGUCGAGGUGUGCUCUAUGCGGCAUAGACCUGUACCGAUCAAAGACAUCUACUCCCACCGGACGCAAUCCGAAGACCGCAGAAACCAGCAACUACCGUCCCCCGAGCCUCAAGUGUCUUCUCCACCGAUCAUAGGAAUACAGAAGGUGGCCCCUGUCCAGCAAACACAGUCCAUCCCAGAAGUUGCGCGGAUGAGAAGAGGAAGAGAACGUCCCGAGCAAGCAUCGCCAAUGGCAAAACCCUGUCGCUCCCCGGCAGGGAGGGGCGCAGCAUCUGAUCCUUUCGCAGCUCUUGAUUCGGACAAGGCUGAAGUCAGGAUCGCUGCAGCUGACGAGCUUGCUGCUCGUUACCCUUCCUUGGACGAGUUCUCGUUGUUGCAUGAUCGUGGUCAAAAGUUUGAGUUUGGUCAAUCGCCAGGAGGCGCGGAUCCUCCAUUAAACAAACGGGUCACAGAAGCUCUUGCUGAUGAGGCAUUUUCAGUACCUCCAGCGAAGCCAGCAGCGUCAGCACCACCACCGAAACCAGUCUCGACUACUCCCUCAACGAGCACGUCUCGCCCUAUAUCCGCGCAGAAACCUCAAAGAUUCGAUGGACCUCAGGACAGCCCUCGCACCUCUAACGUAACACUCUAUCAACCUACACCACAAAGGUCCACGAUGGUCUCGACUGGAGUGCAAACCUCGCCCGCGCCAUCUCCUGUUCCAUCUCAACCGCAGCUAAAGUUCCCCGACGUCAACAAGAAGCCCAUAUGGCGCGUACCCGAUGUGGGCCACCACAAUAGAACAAUGAGCCAGCCGCGGACGUUCGAGAAGGCCCAGCCUAGCCCAUCUUCAUUGAGGCCAGAUCAUACUCUCCCAACUCGUCCAUCGCUGGACGCUACCAGGUCAAGAUCACAUGCCACUGCACUCCAAAUCCCGAAGUCGCCUGCAUCAUCACGACCAUCACUCGAAACUCACCGUCCUUCUGCACUGGACCUUGGGGUUUCCCUUGACAGGGCAAAGUCUGCUCAGUCGAAUCGACCCAACAGCAUACACGUUGCAUCCAACCUGGAUUUCCUACGUGAAAGGGAGGCGGCCCCUGGGAGGAACUUUGAUGCGCCGUCGCUGGCUCGAGGCGGCCAGUCUCCCGCUGUGCUGGAUUCUGAUUCGGACGAUGAGAAGAACAUCACUUCAAACAUGGACUACCUUCGCGCGCGGGAGAAUGAAGACAGCCACCAGAAGAAGCACCGGCGGAGCAGCAGUCAAAACACCAAGAGCGGCAAACGCUCCAGCCUCCACUCCAUAACCAGCGGCACAAAGAACAUCGUAAAAGGCCGCUUCGGCGACGCCUUCAAGAUGUUCGAGAGCAACUCCGCCUCAGCGCCAGACCGAGGCCGCUCCGACUCCAGCCCCCGCACACCCACCGACUUCUCCGCUGAACCACGCCCCAAUCCCAACGCUUUGACCCCCAUAGCCGGGUCCGAAGCAACAGGCGGCAUAUCCGACGACGAGCGCACCCUCGACGAAACAGAGGACCUCCCUCCCGAAGUCCGCCGCGAGCUCGAAAGACGGCGCCUCUCGCAAGAAGAACGCCGCGUCGAAGCCGCCGCAGCAGAGUACCGCGCUCGCCUCGCGUCCUCAGAUGCCAAAGGCAAAGCCGGCCCAACCCGCGCCUCCACCAUCCAGAACCGCGUCAAGAACCUCCUCGACGAGUCCCAGAAGCCACCGCCCACCAGCCGCACAGCAGAGGGCUACGGCAAAUACACCGAGCGCGACACGGGGAAGCCUCUGCCACAGCGCCCGCUGGACCAAGCCGCACGACAGCCCGCACCCGCCAUAGCGAGAAAGCCCAUCGCCUUCCCGCAGCAAAACGCGCCGCAGGAUCUGAACCUAGGCUACGCGAAACCACGGCCUGGUUCUCAGCCGCAGCCGCUCCCGACGAGCGCGUCCGCACCCCCGGCUGUGGCGGCGGCGACACGUGUGCUAACGGGUGGGAGGGGUCCGCCGCCGCCCUCUAAACCUACGAAGUUGAGGACUGGGGGUACGGGGGAGUUCGCGGUGCCGAGACAGAGUCCGACAAAGGCGACGACUGGGAGGGGGGUAGAGAAGCCGCUGCCGAGAGUUGGGGGGCUUGGGGAAGGAAGGAAUGGAGGAGAGGACGAGUGGGAUGUGGAUAGUUUCAGUAAGAGGUAUCCCAGCUUGAAUAAGUUGGAGAUGGUGGAGAGGGAGAUUCCUAGUGGCGGGGGGAGGGGCAGCGUUAGGGAUGUUUGA